AUGCUUCACGAAUUACUAUUAGCAUUAUCAGGGUACUCUGGUGAUUUGUUUGUUCAAUAUCCAUCAGGUUCUGAACAACCAGAAACCUUCAAAAUUCCACCAGACUUUCCCUUUCUACAUGAUGCUGAGAGAUCUUCAUUGGAAAGACUUGCCGAAUUAGGGUUUUAUUAUCAUAAAAUCUUAGAUUUCUUGGAUCAACAAAGGAACAAAUGUCUCGUCAUGUCCAAUGACAACAGUAACAAUAGCAACAAUAAUUCAAAAGGAUUAUUUAUACAGGCUUUAUGUAAUUCUAUAAAUGAUAUAUUAAAAGAUUUUCAAAAAAUUAUAAUUGAAUCGGAAAUGGGAAUUUUAAACAAAGAAGCUAACAUGUGUGGAAUUGUUCCAAUUUCUCAAAUAGUAUCAGCAUUUGGUGAUUAUUUUAUAAUUUUACCAAAUUUAUAUCAGCUGAUUAAUGAGUUAAAAGAAGACUCAGACAAUAAUAAAUAUUUUGGUUGUCGAAUAUUAAAUUUAAUGAAAGAAAAAUGUAAUAGUGGAAUUCCUGAAUUGAGAUCAAUUAUGCUGAUAUUGUUACAAACCUGUCAUAAGGUUAUGUAUCAGCAUAUCACAUCUUGGAUUGUUUACGGACAUUUGCAAGAUCCUUAUGGUGAAUUUUUUGUCAAAGAUUUAACCACUAAAUCUCACAAAAAAAUAGACAACAAUGACAAAGAUAACAACAAUCAUCAAUUCAUUCAAUCAAGUUGGCAUCGAAGAUUUGUUCUUGAUGAGUCAUUUAUUCCGAAUCACAUUUCAAUUGAUAUUGCUAAAUCAAUAUUAUUUGUAGGAAAAGCAAUUGCAACGGUAAAAAAUUCUGGUAAAUCAUCAUCACUGUCAUCAUCGUCAUACAAUUCAAAUAGUGCUUUACCACAAGAAAUUAGGUCAUUGCAUCUGAAAUAUUUGAUGGAACUUUCUUCACAACCUAUAUUUCAUAAAAGUGAAUUUGAAAGCACGAUCUUGACAAUUCGUCACAAUGUUGCAAAAUGGUUAUGGCAAGUUGUUUUAACAGGUGAAAAGGUUAUAGAUUGUCUUGAAACAUUUAGAAAUUAUUUUUUACUUGGUAAAGGAAAUUUUGCUUUAUCGUUGGUUGAACAGUUUGAAAAAAUCACAAUCCCAAGAUUAUCAACAAGAAUCAUAUCAAUCAAAGAGCAAGAAUUAAAUUCUCUUUUGAUUAGAGCUUCGAUGGAUAUUAUAGAUUCAAAUUUUUACAAAUUAGUUCAACGUAUAACGAUUUCAUCUGCUCACCAUCAACAACAUAAUAAUCAUAGCACAAACAUAAACACAAAUGCAAAUGCAUCAAAAAAACCAGUAGCAGAUAAUAAGAAUAAAAACUAUUCUGAAAUGGAAGAAACACUUCGAGAUUUUGAAGAUAUUCGUUUGGGUCAUGCUUCAUAUCUUAAUGAUUUAUUACGUGGAUGUUUACUAGAAUUUAAAGUAUGUUCAGAAACUAUAAAAUCGUCAUUAAAGAUUUGUGAACAAUUUUGUACAAUAUUAGAAAGAUGGAAUGACUUCCGUGAACAAAUAUCAUUUUUGUUUCGAACUUUAUCUGAAGUUAAUAAAACUGGCGAGGGAUUUGAUGGUCCACCAAGACAUCUUGAUCAAUUUUUAUUACGUUUAGAUUUUAGUAAAUGGUUUUCUGCAUGGUCAAUUUAA